CACUCUCACUCUGCCUUCCUGACUGUGUUUUCACUGUCUGCUUCAGCUGUGCUCACUUGCCCUGUGCAGCGUGGACAGCACAGAGCUGUGCUAACAGGAAAAGGAGAUUUUUGAGGGAGUAAAAGUGGACAAAGAGGAGCACUCAGCACAGAUGACUAAGGAUUAAGAGCAGAAAACAAACAGGACAGUGUUUUGCCUCAUUUGGCCAGGAUGGUGAUUUAAGUGACGAGGAAAGAUUUACCUUGCCGCUUCUCCAUUGCCCAUUAAUAAGUUCACCUUGGGCUUGUUGCUGGGACGUCAUCAUACAGUCAACGUAACCCCCCGCGCACCUGCUGCCAAACUCAUCUUUUGGACUGGCUUUUAAAUUUGUUCUUUUAGUUCAGAUUGCCCCACAAAAGUGUGUGGAUCUGUAGAGGUACCUCGGAGGUGAGGAGAGGACAGGCGCUGCUGGACUUGCUUACCUCAGAACCAUGGGCUCUCUUUUAUGGGGCAGCUUUGUUCUGACCUGUGGCGUGAUUCUGUCUCGGAAGGGGGGCGACGGAGCUCAGCAGACAAAUGCCAAUGUCCCUCGACUAAAACUCUCGUACAGAGACAUGCUGGAGUCCAACAACUUUGUGACAUCCGAAGGUCUGCUCAACAGUUCGUCUUACCACACCUUCCUGCUGGAUGAAGAGAAAGGAAGACUGGUGGUGGGAGCCAAAGACCACAUUUUCUCCUUCAACCUCCUCAACAUCAGUCAGGAUAUCGUACAGAUACCUUGGCCGGCGUCUCCCAUCAGGAGAGACGAAUGCAAGUGGGCCGGAAAAGAUCUCUCGAGAGAGUGCGCAAACUUUGUCAAGGUGCUGCAGCCAUUCAACCAGACUCACCUCUAUGUGUGUGGAACAGGCGCAUUUCACCCAGUGUGCUCCUACCUUGAGGUGGGAAAGAAAUUAGAGGACAACAUUUUCCGACUCCUACCUCACACUGAAAACGGCAGAGGAAAAAGUCCCUACGAUCCGAACCUUCUCACUGCGUCCAUGCUGAUCGAUGGGGAAUUGUAUGCGGGCACGUCGGCUGACUUCAUGGGACGAGAUUUUGCCAUCUUCCGCACCUUAGGAAAGCACCACCCAAUCAGGACAGAGCAGCAUGAUUCUCGCUGGCUCAAUGAUCCCAGGUUCGUUGGUGUCCAUCUGAUUCCAGAGAGCGACAACCCAGAGGACGAUAAAAUCUACUUGUUCUUCAGAGAGAACGCCAUUGAUGGAGAGUACGCCGGGAAAGCCACACAGGCUCGAAUUGGCCAGCUCUGCAAGAAUGACCUCGGCGGCCACAGGAGUCUGGUGAACAAGUGGACCACCUUCUUAAAGGCUCGUCUUGUCUGCUCUGUGCCAGGAAGUAACGGCAUUGACACACAUUUUGAUGAACUACAGGAUGUUUUCCUGAUCAGCACCAAGGAUCCCAAGAGCCCAAUUGUCUAUGCGGUGUUCACCACAUCAAGCAACAUCUUCAAAGGCUCAGCCGUGUGCAUGUACAGCAUGACUGACAUUCGAAGAGUCUUCCUGGGUCCUUACGCUCAUAGAGAUGGACCUAACUAUCAGUGGGUGCCCUUCCAGGGGCGAGUUCCUUACCCAAGGCCUGGCACAUGUCCCAGCAAGACGUUCGGAGGAUUCGGUACGACCAAGGACCUUCCUGAUGAAGUCGUAGUCUUUGCACGAAGCCACCCAGCCAUGUUCAAUCCUGUCUACCCAAUCAACAAUCGACCGAUCAUUGUUAGAACCGACGUGGACUAUCAGUUCACACAGAUAGUGGUGGAUAAAGUAGAAGCAGAAGAUGGCCAGUAUGAUGUCAUGUUCAUUGGCACGGACAUCGGAACAAUUUUGAAAGUGGUAUCAAUCCCAAGAGGCUCGUGGCAUGACCUGGAGGAAGUGCUGCUGGAGGAAAUGACUGUUUUCAGAAAGCCGACAGCCAUUACAGCGAUGGAGCUCUCAACAAAGCAGCAACAACUGUACCUGGGCUCGGAUAUGGGUGUGUCCCAAAUGCCUUUGCAUCGCUGUGAGGUUUACGGAAAGGCCUGCGCCGAAUGCUGCCUGGCAAGGGACCCUUACUGUGCUUGGGAUGGGACCGAGUGCUCUAGAUACUUCCCCAUGGCUAAGAGGCGAACCAGGAGACAAGAUAUCAGGAAUGGAGACCCUCUUACGCAAUGUUCAGAUCUGCAGCAGCACGAUGAACUCAGUGAACAGACAACCUUGGAGGACAAGAGUGUUUAUGGUGUGGAGAACAGCAGCACCUUCCUCGAGUGCAGCCCCAAGUCUCAACGAGCGCUGACUUACUGGCAGUUUCAGCCUUCACCUGAUGAGCGCAAACAGGAGAUCAAAUCAGAAGAACGCUUCAUCCACACUGAGCAAGGUCUGUUGAUCCGCACGCUCAACAGGAAGGAUACCGGAAUCUACCUGUGCCAGGCUGUGGAGCACGGAUUCGUGCAGACUCUUCUAAAGGUGACCUUGGAGGUGAUCGAAACCGAGCACCUUGAGGAUCUGCUGCACGGUGAUGACGAGGCCAUCGCCAACACGUCAGUCCAGGACCUCUUACCGCCUCGGGAAACGGCCAAUCACAAAUUGUGGUACCGAGACUUCCUGUCUUUGGUCAAUCACCCCACUCUGAACAGCAUGGACGAGUUCUGCGAGCAUGUUUGGAAGCGAGAACGCAAGCACAAGAAGCAGAAAGCCCACCCGGUGCAGCACCAGCAGAAGGCGGAGCUGAACACCCACGGUCACAUGCACAAUCAAGGUCUGGCAGCCAAGUGGAAACACCUGCAAGAGAGGCAAAGGGGGCGCAACCGCAGGACCCAUGAGCUGGAGCGGGCCCCCCGCAGUGUCUGACCCAUAAACCAUAAAUCUGAAAGCACAUCCCCGAUUCUCAUUCUGUGUCCUUCAUGACCGUUCCCAUUAACUGAACUGCAGACUCUUUCCGCAGUGACUGGCUUUGAAAGCAUAUUUCUUCCGCCCCAAAGUGCCAGCUGCUCUCUCCCUUGCAUGGGCGUACCGGUGCGUUGCAACGGAUGGUUGGGUCAUGUUAUCCCAGCUGGCCUCAGCUGCUUGAGGACACAAAGUGUCAAAUAGCACAAGGAGUGAACACACAAACCCGCCUUAUAGACACGAGGUGGCUUUGUGGGCUUGCGAGUCCAAUGACAAUUUACUGGCCACAACACGGACGUGACUGAACCAGUGGAGGCGAUGUGGUUUCAAUAAGGUGCUGAUAGAAUCACAAGACGAGAGCCCGAGCACUGCAUGCCACUAUGGAGCAACGCAGCGGCACCACAGAUAUGUAGCUAAAAUUGUGUACAUACGAGAGGACAUACAAAAAGGGAUCGAGUGUAAUGCAUUUUUCCCCAUGUUGUUCUUCAUGAUAGAGACUUAUUUAAGAAGCCAUUUUGUACUCGUCUGUGUGUCUGUGACAGAGAUAAGCUUCACAAACAAAAUACUGCUGUUUCGUCCAUCUCAGCAGAUUCUGGCUGGCGCUCCUUCAAAUUCUUCAAACGCCUGUUCUCUGUGCAUGAAAUGCGUCGCUGAAUAAAAUCUUCUGCUACCUGUAUAUUUAUUGCUUGUACUCCUAUGUGCAUUGUGGAAAUGCUUCUUGAUUACAAUGUCUGGCUUUUUUUAUUGGACCAAGCGUAUUAUCACAAGUACUAUAGGACUGGAAAUAUCAAGGAGACAUUUGUCACUAAGGGUCAAUGAUGUGCACUGCGCAAUAACGCAAUAUCCCUCGCCAUGUAUUGCUUCAUUAAAUAUCCUCAGAAUCUUUCUACGAAGCACACCCACAACCUGGAAUGUAGCUGUGAACACUUUGUAAAUAUAGACGCUAUUCUCCAUUUCUGAGGACACGGCGUGCUCGUGCAUGUGACUUCUACUGUAGCGUUCCCAUUUCGCUAUGGCAGUAAUGUAAUCGUCCCAUAGUGAGUGCACACAGAAAAAUGUAAAUACUGUUUUAUUUGGGUGUUUGAUUCCCUGAUUAUCAAUGCGGGGUAAAGAUCUAGUCAGACGUCUACACACCAGCUAACAUGGUACCAAGCAACAAUGUAAAAUAUUUAUAAACAAAUGUGCAGCACAUCAGUACAGUAUGUCGUCUUUGGAGUGUUUCUAAAGCUUGUUGAUCAUUAUGACUGUGGCAGAUGAGAAACACAAUGUGAGCUCAACGUUAAGGUAACAAAAUUCAUCGAUGUGAUAAGUUGAUGAUCAUAAAGAGAUAAUAUAUGGUUCCAAGUGAGGAUAUCAACCUCUGCUGCUGCGUUGCCAUUGUGAUAUAUUCUACUGUUUAAAUAAAUGUCUCUUCAUAUAAUGCC